GGGGCGGCGGUUGGUUAGCUUCUUUUACUAACUGACAAAAAAAAAAAAAAAAAAAAAUAACGGCAGGAUGUUGCAAGUUCUAGCUUGUGGCGCCGUAGUUUUCCCCGGUCUGUUCUUCGCCUUCAGGAGGAUCCUACCGUGUGUGUUCAGACACUGGAGCGAUGCCGACGUGGUGCUGGUCAGCGAGAGACUGGUGUCCUCCAUCCACGCCAUCAUGGCAACCACGGCGGGAGUCAUCAUUGUGUCAUCGUGCCGGGGAAACAUCAUUAGUGACAGGCACUGGCUGGCCACCUACUUUGUCAUCUGGUACGGUGCGCCCUACAUGACAUACGACCUCUUCGCCAUGUACCUCAGUCACUACCACCGCUUCCGCGUCAAGGGGCACGAAGACUACAAGAAGCACUCGCUGAGGACCGUAAACUCCUUCGUCCGUAGAGAGUUCCUGCUGGUGUUGCAUCACAUCGCCCUGCUCACUAUCCUGCUGCCUGUCACGCUGUUCUUCAGAAGGGACCAGGGGGAUUUCUUCGUCGGCUGCUUGUUUCUAACAGAGCUCAGCACACCCUUCGUCUCCCUGGGGAAGAUACUUAUUCAGCUCAGCCUCCAGGACUGCUGGCUGCACAAGGCCAAUGGUGGUAUGGUACUGCUCACCUUCUUUAUGUGCCGCAUCGCCCUCUUCCCCUACAUGUACUGGGUGUACGGCCACCACUACGGCAUCCCGCUCUACAGCGUGCCCUUCCACCUGCCGCUGUCCACCAACCUGGGCAACUUGUGCAUCCUGGCGCCGCAGGUGUACUGGUUCGUCCUGCUUUGCCGAAAGGGCUACCGCCUGUACCGGCGUGGUCGUAUGCCGGACUCGUCUCCUGCGGCCGCUGUCACUGACAAUUCUAAGGAUGAUUGAUAUCCAGUUCACGAUUGCUCGCUCAAGCCGCACACUCAGCUACUAACGCAACUACUUCUGCAAAGGCACUAGAUUGACUUAACACAUUUCAAACCCCACCAUUGUACUGUAGUACACCAGGACUGCCUGCUCUUCUCCCACAACUCCUGGGCAUUCUCCGUACACUUUAACUCCUCUGUUACAAAUCUGCUGCCUAAGUGGACCUCUCCACCGAUCCAAUUCUACUACUGAAGUUUGAUGAUUUUUUUUGGGUUGUUGUUGUUGUUUUUUCUUCUUUUCUUGUUUUGUUUUUUUUUUUGGAUUGGGCUCUCGCCUGGAUCUUGUUGAAGUGCUUCACGGCGCCUGUUAACAUUUACUACACUGAAGAAAAGAUCAUGUUUGCUUCUUCGCGAGUGAAACGCAGGAGUAAAAGCAACCAGAAGCCGAAGAAGAGCCUCCGUGGAGAGACAUUAUCUUAUCUCUUACUCCUACUGUGUUUACAGCCUCUGCUGAUUUGGAAGGUCUGUUACGACAGGUUGUAUUUAUUUUUAUGGUUUUGCUGUAAUGUGCCGGAUAGUUGCGCUUUCCCUUCCCAUCCAUUCACUAAUCACACUGAUAAAGGAGGAUUAGGAAUAGUGGUGGGUGGGAUGCAAAUCCAGGCGGUAUUAGCAGGAAUAACUGUGAGGAAUACGUGUCACCUCAUCCACAUUUGAGAGCUAAAAACAUUUAGCUAAAACCCUGUUAAUGUGAUAGGUUCUGACUUUCCCCCCGUUCAUUUUGUUUGUAGCAUGCCCCAUCAGUUCGCAAAUCUGCAGCGACGAUCCCUCGUUCCUGUCCGUGACAUCCAGUGUAACACUUUAACGGCGCUGGAUCGUUUGUUUCCAGAAGCCACUCCCCCCCCCCCAUUCCCCACCGUUUGCUUAUAGUGUAUCACCAGGAAUUAACGCUGCACUCACGUUCUUGGAGAAACUGGCAAUAUCCUCCAAUGCCGGGAGUUCGAGAACCAACGAAGGGAAUUACCUCAAUUGUGGGAACCAUUUCUUCAUCUUUCAUUAAAAAAUAAAUAAAUUAAAAUCAUGAAAUGCAUGGCAUUAAACAUUCUCGCUUGAUACUGCAAAGUUUGUUCGAGACCUCAAAUGAGUCACCUUAAGAAAAACUCAGACUGCUCUCGAUGUCUGAAUAAUAAUACAAAGCCAUCGCAGGAAUGAGACGUGGCCCCUCUCUUACGAAAUAUAUUGUGCAUUUGAAUUAACUUAGUGCGAGGACAGGCGAAGUUCAGCUUUUACAGAGCAGAGUUAUGUUUUCUUGCCUCUGACAGAUUUCAUCUUUUGAACCCACGAUCUCUGUUAUAGAUGAUAAUGGAGCGGAGCUGAUGUAGGGAGGCAGGGGGUUGAUGUGAAGGGGGGGAUGGGAUGGGAUGGGGAGGGGACACGGUGAUGCCUAAAGGUGGGGACGAACUCAGGGCCAAGGUCAGAGCAAUAACUGAAAACAGAGGAGUGAAAAUAUUUCUUGAGCAACCAGCCACAAAAACAUCGAGGAGUGACGAUUCCUGAAACAGAGCUACAACGUAAGAGAUUACAUCCAGUAACUGUUCGGUUUCCCCCCCGAGGCUCCGGAGAUUUAUAUGCACUUGUGUAUCCGCUGUUGCAUUGAGCACUUCACAGAGGGCUGUAUAUACUUCAAGUUUUUAGAGAUUUACAUCAUGUUUUAGUUGCAUCACAAAAAAUAAUAAUAAUAAUAGUAAUUUUAAAACGUAUAUCUAGACACCGAAAGUAGAUCGAAAGAGGACCUCUUUUUUUGUUAUCAUGCAAAGCAAUUAUUAUUAUUUUGUUGGAUUCACAGUUUCAUAAAGAGCAUUUAUGAGAGAAAAAUCAAUGCUUCUCUUUUGAUCUUGAGAGUAUUAUUUCUUCAUAUCAAAGAAUAAAUAGAGAAUAUUAUUGUCCGGGUUAGUUUCAUACACAGUCUAGACCCUGGGGUUAAUUUAACUCCCUUUUGGUCAUUCAAGCUUUAUAAUAAACACUAAAUAUGCGUUAAUGGCCUUUUUUUUUUUUUUUUUUUUUUAUUGUCCUGCAAAUUCAAACUAUGCAAAAGAGGCUGCUGGUGCAUGCGUAUAACACUAAUGUAAAGUCAUAUCCAAUUGAUUCACGCCUCAGUAUGUUUUUUUUUUGUUUUUUUUUUCCAAAUAUUUUGGGACCAUACAUUUAUUUCCACUGUGCAUUUCUACUGGGACUCCACACCACGAAUACAUCGUCUCCUGUUCAAUCGCAGUUGAGCUGGAAGUUGAAUUUUUUUUGUUGUUUUUGUUUGGAUCUUCCUCACCGGUGUUUUGAUUCAUUAAAAUUCACAUAAUACUGAAAAAACUAAAUCAUAAGUGACACUUUUUGCAGCGUUUUACAAGUUUACAACUGCAGCUCAGACUGAGAGGACGCUGACUUUAAUAGGGCUGACACUGUUUUCAAAUGUUUUAACGCAGCUAAUACAAGAAUCUGUAUUUAAGUCCCGCUCCUUUUUGCUCUGCGCUCCAAUAGCAAGCCUCCCUCCUAUUUAGAUAUUAGCUAUGUUGAACAAAAAGAUUGGUUAAGCGACUUGUAUUCAUUAAUGCAAGUAGAGAAAAAGCCGAUACCCGACCAAAUAAGGCUGUGGUUUACUGAUGAGAUUAAAGUGACAUUAAUUUACUGUGGAUUUUUUUAAUCUGGCAAAUCAUUACGGAUUAAAUAUUCAGGUUUUCAAAUUUCUAAUAAAAACAUGAAACAGCCCCGAUUUGAAGGAAGUCCCAAAAAAAAAAAGAAGAUUCAACUUUCGAGCAUCAAGCCUGCUGAAAAAAGACCAGCGGUUGUUGCUGUUGCAUUGUGGGUUCUGUAGUGCCACUGUUUCCGGUGUGUCCACGUCUGGUUGUGGAACAGCAGUGCAGGGGGGAGGGGAAAAAAAGGGGGAUGAGUCGUCUUGUCGGUAGACGGGCGGUUUGCUGACGAGCAGCGGGAGGAUGAGGCGGUGUGGGGGGGGGCGGAGAGAGAGAGAGAGAGAGAGAGAGCUGCUGAAUGAUGGGGCUGUUUGUCUGGUUUGGCUGCAGCCCAGCAGAGUGCAGACCUCUUUUGUCCACUGCUGACCAGGCCACUCUGCCUGGAAACAUACCAGCCUCUUUGUUCUCCCCCACUCACCCUCAGCCUCUUACAAUCCACUUGUCUCUAAGCUGGGAUAAAUGAAAACAGUGGUUACCUUCGACCUCCCCCUCCCCCCCCACCAAAAGAUUUUAUUUUCAUCCAUUUUUAAAAAGUCUCCUCUCUCACGUUGGUCGACCAGUUUUUUAUUUUUUCUAUUUAAAAAGCUGCAGGUCAUUCCUUUUGUAGUGUGUCACCCUGCUUCUUAUCGCCUCCCUUUGCAGCCUCCAUCCCUCCCCGUCAUUUUCCUCUCGUGUGUUUCCGUUUAAAACCCGACCUCUCGAGGUCUCUCUCGGCCGAUGAGCUCUGCGGUGAUCAGAAAGUUGCUGAGAGCGUUUGUUUCUUCUUUGCGGAGCAGAGCGAGUCCUUCCCUCCCUUCCUUUCCCUCUCUGCUGCCAUCUGUCGUCAGGAUUAUCUGCUCGUCCACUCAGCAGUUUACAGGCAGGACCAGUUGGGAUUAGCAGGGCCGGGGCGGGCAUUUCCUAUUGAAACUGUGCAUGUCUCCUAUGUAGUCUGCUGCCUUCAGAUACAUAUGUCAGUUUUCAGCCACCAUGACCUCACCCUCCACUAAAUACACUGAAAAGAAAACUGACAUAUGGUGUCGUUUUAAUGCUUUUUUUUUCACAUUAGAUUGAUAGAAAAAGCCUCUUUAUACCGCGAUGAUAAAACCUUUUUUUUUUGUUGAGGUGUAGUAGCAUUGAAAACACUAAAGACAAGCCAGUUGUGGCAUUUGUUUGCUUCGCAGAAAAAUGACCCCAUCUUGACUUUUUUGCUAGAAUCGCUUCUUAGAUGUUUCAGAAAAGUCACUUUAAAUAAAAAAAAAAAACUCCCUUUUUCGCCCAGGACUCUUUGUCGCGGGGAGACGGACAAGUUCUGUAAAAUGUCUGUCACAUUUCGUGAGUCGUAGCAGCCGUUUAGAUGAAGGAAAUUUAAGAUUUAAGGAGUCUCUUGGCUUUAGCUUUUUGAAAAUCAUGGAAUAAAAUAUAGAAAACGACAUUCCACCGUAGAUUUACUCAUCAAAAAAAAAAAAAGCUCCAUAUUUUCUUUCUUUUUUUGAUUGCAACAGCUCUGUAUUUUCCUUGUGUCCCUCUUGUAAUUUAAGAAAGGAUAACUAUAUAUUUGUAAGAGUGUGUGACUGUGUCCAGAAUUCAAAUGUACACCCAUAUCAACUUUGACGGCUCGCCGACGGCCGGUUUUUAAAUAAAAAAAAGACCCAAACAAUCCGAUGGAUUGGUCUGACGUGACGGUAGCCGAGCGCCUGCUACGCUGACCUGACUACAGUGUUUACUUCUUGCAAGUUUCAUAGCCAAGGGGAAGACAAGCCACAUUAUAUCCAUCGCUAGCUGUCUGGAUCGCUGCCUCAUGCAGUCACGUUUGCACAUAAACAACAUCGGAUCCACAAAAACAAAACAAAAAAAACCCGAGAGAGAGUCCCGAGUUAGGAAGAAAGGUUGAAGGCACGCAGAGUUCACAUAUCUGUACAGGUAUCCAGAUUCUUAACGUAGAAAAGUCUUAAGCUCAUCCUCUUUGCUCAGGGUUUGAUGAAGUUUGAUGAAGUUGUUCACAUAUGUGUGUGUGUGUGUGUGUGUGUGUGGAGAGGUUUAUUGUAAGAUGAUGAAACUGUGAGACUGAUUCUGAAUAUGAUCACAUCUAGAGUGGUUUUUUUCUUUUUUCUAUAUGAUGUUUUCUUUUUUCUUUAUCUUCUAUUUAUGCUUUCUGACAUGGCUUGUGAUAGUUUAACUUUUUAAGGGUUGGUAAACCAAAGACUGUCUGGCGCUCACAGUUAAUCACAGUAACCGAUAUAUGAAGAGAGAUCCGUUUUGAUUUUCAGUAUUUUAGACAUGUAGAUCCUGAUUUAACCAAAAAAAAAACAAAAAAAACAAAAAAACUCCAAUCAUAUUCCUCUUUUUCUUUCGUUGGGUCCCAGAGAGCGACCGACUCGUUGGGUUUGUGAUGGGGUGUUUUUCUUUCUGAGGAUGUGGUGGAAAAGAAAUGCAGAUUUACCAGCUGUUUACCGGAAUUAUAAACCUCUCACUAAACCCGUAACACAAACACGUUCAUGUUAAAAUAGCUUUGUAUUCCUUGUACUUGUAUGUAAGGGUAGAAUUUAACUGUGUGACUCCUGUUGAAUGGGAACACGGACACCAAAAUGAACACGAUUAGCUCUCUGGAGCUCAUGCUCACACUUUUAUCAACACAUACUAACACAUAGGGUUAUAUGUUUAGUGGUUGCAGACACUUAAUAUCAAACACACGUAUCCACGAGUCCACGUGAACACUUUAUAUCACACACUAGGCCCCAUGCUCACACAAUAGCAAGGGCCUCACUAUUGUUUCUGGAAACCAGUGACAUCCUUCAGGGCUACUUUUGUUCUGGGUGUCUGCUACUCUGAGCAUCUGCUGGUAGGAAGUUUAGACCGCUCUGCGGCGUCUUGAGACAGAUGGGAGACCGUCUGCGACAGAAAACAUUUUAGGAACAGAGAAGGGAAUUAUAAACGAGGCAGGACUCUCUGUUUUAUCACAUUUCAGUCUACAAAUUAUGUGCGAGGAAUCAGAAAUCAUCUGCUGUGGCUGUAAAUAGCACAACAACCGAGGAGGAUGGAAGAAAACGUGGCAUAUUUUGGUGUCAGUGUUCCCAUCGUUCGAUAUGCUAACAGUAUGAAGGUAAUGCAUAAAAGGUCGUACACACGUUUCUGGACUUUCUGUUGAUUGUUGAGAUGUGAAUGGGGGAAAAACUUGCAUGUGGGAUCUCUUUUCUUAUCCUCCCAUGAUUUUGUUUGUAUGAUUUUGCUGCUUUGUAUUCACACAUUUAUUCAGGGUUGGUCCCUCUGUCCUGGGAGGGGGGGGGUGUAUCUACAGCCGCCUUCACGUUCAUGUUGGACACGAAUAAGAGCUGGUGGACGGAGAGUAAUCGUGACGUGCUGCGAUCAGACUGCACAAUAUCAGCCCGACAGCGGCCCGGGAGUAAAAAUAACCUUCUUUUUUUUUUUUUACUGUGUAGUGCCGAAGCAGGAGGACAAAACAACCUUGUCUCACCUAGUUUGACAACUUUCACCGACCGCAGGGACUGAAUUUGGAUGAUUUUGUGGGUGAAGUCAGUCCCUGGCAACUCCUGAACCAUCACACGUGUACAGCGAGCUAUCAUUAGCCAGGGGGUCCGUACUGGUUCCCAACCUGGGAGUCACAAGAACUUAAAAAAGGCUUCUAUCUCAGCAUUUCUGUGAGGAAAAACUAAAUGAAAUUGUUGCUUUUUAAAGUUUAAGAUCUAAACUUUGAAGACCUGAACUCAAGCGAUCCUCACUCUCUGAUUAACAGCCUCGUCCUGCGGUUAGAAAAGUUGAAUAAUAAGAAGAAAACACAGAUAAAAGAGGCUUAUUAAGUGUGUAUGAUUGUUAAAAAUGAAGAAAAUACAUAAUAUAGAUGGAUAAUUGUAUAAAAAGUUGCUAAAAAUAUCAGUAAAUAAUCUCAAAAUUCAUCCAAAUCUCUCAUUUUGUUGCUCUACUGUGUUUUUGUUAUGCAUUGAAUAUAUCAUGAAAUGUUCCCUUGAAGGAAAAAGGUUGGGAGCCGCUGCUGUAGCCAUGUUUAAUAAAUCUCAAAAUGCAUAAAUAUUGUGUAGUCUGAUCUCAGGAUUAGCAUCAACAACAGCAGAAAACACACACAAACACACAUUCAAUCCGCUGUAACGUGUAAAUCUGCUGCUGUCGUUGCUCGGUUUCCUCUGACGCGACGUGAACGCGGCGUCAGGCUGACGAACUGCACAAAAAGUCACUUUGAAACGUACAGAUUUCGGAUUUUUAAGCGCUAAAAACAACAACGAUGACUAUUUGCUGGGACUGAUUUUGAUCUGUGGACAGUGAACCAAAUUUGGUCUCCAGUGCCUUUUGUGAAAGAGCUAACGUUGGCGGGCAGUGUUUUACAGGUUGUGGCUGUAUUCAUCGUGUUUAUCGUCGUCGUCGUGUCCUCCAGGAGAAUUAACUGCGUCAUUUUUUGUGUUCGCAAGUCAUCAAGAAAGUCUCAUCGUUCUGUUUUUUAACUGGUUGAAGCUAUUCGAAACAACCUGCUAUGCAUUUACUGCUAGAAAGAGAAUAAAAGUUGGAUUUGAUUCUGUUGAAAUUAAGGCCUUUACAUUCAUAUUUUGUAGUGUUUUAAUUUACAAAUCAUCAAGCGAAUCCGCUCAUGUUGUUUCUCUAAAAUACAUCAUUUUGAAGGUUGGAUCCCUUUAAAGAGUCGAUAAUUUGUUUGCUGUGUUUUUGUUUUGUUUUGUUGUUUUAGACCUUUUUCAUCUGUCGGUUUUUUGGUGGAUGUUUCUGUUCUCGAUCACUCACCGCUCCACCGUUUGGGUGUGUAACUGACUUUAAAUGCAGCAACCUUUCACAACCUUUUAACACUUCCUGCCCCCUCCACUCUCCUUUACAUUAUUUUUGAUAGCAUUCUAAUUUUUCAUACAUAUUCUAUCAGAUUUGAUGCAUUUGUCCUUCUUUUUUUUUGUAGCGUGACCCCUUUUUUUGAGGAAAUUUUUCCUAUCUUGAGAAGAGACUGGACUGUUUUACGAAAUAGCUUAAUAAAAAAAUAAAGUAUUGAUACUAUAAGAGGAGUUAUGUACUGUAGCUGCAACUUGUGAAUUCAAAGCACCCCUUUAAAAUUCAAUAAAUUUGAUUUGAUAGAC